AUGUUUGAGUCUAUUCCAAAAGACGUACAUUGUCUUGGUGCAAGAUUCCUUGUCCUUAAGUUCGACAAAUCUAAGGAUCAGGCCAAUUUCGCUCCUUCGACCCCCAAUGCCUAUGAAACCAUCUCAAACGAGCCGAAAGAUGAAAACCAAGCUUAUGUUGGCUUUUCUACCCCCACGGCUGACGAGAUUGAUGAUAUUACAACCAAGCCGGAAGAUGAGGGCAAUACUGGGACUACUACCUCUGAGUUCGACAAUGAUAUUAUCUCAACGAAACAAAAAAAUGAAUGCCAGGCCAACGCUGGCUCUUCUACUCACAAGGUUGACGACAAUGCUGUUAGUUCAACCAGGCCGAAAUAUAGAGGCGGGCCGGAUACAAAUCUCGUUCUACGUCAAGCAGGUCUUGUUCCAAAAGAGACUAAGGAAGCUUCUCUCGUGGAAAGUGGGUUUUUAUUACUUCCACCUAUCAAACGAUCGGAGCGUGUCGCUAAGAGAUUAAAAUUCUAA